UUUCUCGAUCUUCUGUCUCUCUCUCGGCUAUCAUCACUUCGUCUCUUCUCUCCAUUUGAACACACCCGGUUCUCAGCUACUAUGUCGUCAUCGUCGUCCCUGAGGCCUUCGACCAUCGCCGCUAUCAGCGUGGGCACCAUUGCCGCCAGCUUCAUCGCAUACGCCGUCUACUUCGACCACCGCCGGCGCAACGAUCCCGACUUCCGCAAGCAGUUGAAACGCGACUCGAAAAAACAGGCGCGCGCCGCGAAGGAGGAGGCCGAGGCACAGGGAAAGGAGCAGAAGAAGUCGAUUAAGGAGGCUGUUGAGCGCGCAAAUGAGGAGGGUUAUCCCAAGGACCCAGAAGAGAUUGAGUCCUAUUUCAUGCAGGAGGUUGCACGGGGAGAGGGCAUGUGCGGUUCCGGCGAAGAUUCGAUAGAGGCAGCCCUCUGCUUCUACCGCGCAUUGAAGGUCUACCCCAACCCCAGGGAGCUUAUCAACAUCUACGAUAAGACCGUACCCAAGCCCGUCCUCGACAUCCUCGCCGAAAUGAUUGCCAUCGACACUAGCAUUCCUGUUGGCGGCAGCAAAGCAGCCUCUGACGCCGGUUCAACGGGCGGAAUCGAAUAA